AUGGGCUGCACGGCAAGCAAACUUCCUCUUUUACCUCCAGAUUGUGUGGCGCUUUCUAUAGCUCGUAAAGGUGUCGACGGAAGCAGCGAUGAUGAACGUGAGCCGAGCAAAGUUUUUGGUGACGCUGAAGAGCCCGCCGACUAUAUUGCGAACGAUUUUAAAGAAGUUGGAAAUGUUAAAUGUGAUUACAGUGAGCGAAACGUACUUGACGCAAAUGGCAGUCCAUUAAAGUCGCUGAUACAGCAUUCAAUCUUGGCUGACACGCAGCCAGAAAAGACAGAUUCUUCUUCUAUGUUACGUGACGUUUCGUAUUCUAUGCGUAGCAGCUCCGACCACACAGUCACACUAAAAGUUAUUGACGAAUUUACUCAACUGAUCCGAUCUAAUGCGACCGAAACAAUUUGGAAUCGGGAUGGUAGGCAGAAUAUGGCGCAACUGGCGGCGUCUCGACUGGCUCGAGAUUUAGUGAAUGACUCACAGCAGCAAACGUACGUUGAAAGUUUACCAGGUCGGGUAUCAUCGCCGCAUCCAUGUGCCUCUAAAUCCUCGAUUUUAACUGAAUAUCGAGCUUCACAAGGAUCGAUAAGUAUGAACGAUUCUGGAUUACUUUCUGCUACAGCUAACAGCAGAAAUCCCGGUCAUGUUCUAGCGCAGGACAAAAGCUGCCGUAUUUUUCAACAGUCUCCAACUUCAUCAUCUGAAAAACAGACUACAGCCAACCUUGCUUACGAAUCGCUUCAAAAGGAGGGCAGCGGCUGCAUUGACGACUCCGAAGAAGAUUUAGAUGAGGAUGAAGAGGUGGAGGAAUGGAAUCUUGACGGCGGCAUUGAGGUCUUAAAACCAGGCCUAAAAUUAAAUGAUCCGGUCGAGAUGAGAAACACAAAGGCUGUUCGAAUGCAUCUUUCAAAUACAGAUUUUUCAAUGCAAAAGAACGCUAAAGUCUCUGCAGCGCCUUUACCGCCUGGCAACCGAGUUUUCGGUCGUCAAACCAAUUCUUAUCCGCAACCUGACGUUUCUAACAGUUCUAAAGAUGUAAUUUACAACGGCGACAGUGGUGGUAGUGAUGAAGACGAUGGGGAAGUAUUCAAUGACUAUAUACAUGACUGGCUUGCCAGCCCUAGAGCUUCAACAUUGAUUCCAUCUUUAACAAAAUCAGGCGUGGGUCUGUCAAAUAUUGUAACACCCUUAAAGUCAGCUCAUGAACCUAGCCAUGUCAGUACGAUGGCAAACUCUGCAAGUAUUCAUCAGCGUUCACGUCACUUGUAUGGUCUUACUAUUGUUCCUCCUACUAGUGAUCCUUCAUCGUCGAUAAGUGGCAAUGUUGCCACCAGUCCACUUCCUCCCAGACAUCUGCCAGGAUACUGUUUAGCUCUCGGUGACAUAUCACCAACCAAACGUGGACUUCCAGUCAUGGGCACACCGUCGCCAAAAAAAGAGUAUCCCUAUGGUUCUGGCAAUAACUUUGCACUAACAGGCAUUCCACUUGUGGUAUCAGGCGAGCAGUCUCCAAUUAGAUCUGCAUUGUCGCCCAAUCACUCUCCAGUUGCCGCUGCGAUUCGAGACACUAGUAUUGUAAAGAAGAAAAGAGCCGAAAUUCCUCAACACAAUUUGCCUCACCCGAUCCCAAAAUUUGGCGAUUGGCUUAACUCGCGCACAAUGAUCAAUAAUUAUAUUAUACUCGAGUCUCUUGGCGUUGGUGGGUACGCCGAAGUUAAGCUUUGUAAGGAGAAACAAUCGGGUAAACUCUAUGCGAUGAAAUUUAUCAAUCGAGAUGUCAUGAAAAAGGACAAAUUAGGCAAGCAAAGUAAACUUGACGAUAUCAAGCGCGAAAUCGCCAUAAUGAAAAAAUUGAACCAUCCGAAUGUGUUACGUCUGUACGAAGUCAUGGAUGACCCAAAGAUGAACAAACUUUUUCUCGUGCUUGAAUAUAUGCAGCACGGCGACAUGCUGUCGUUUCAAAAAAAGAAACAUCCAUUAAACAUGCUCGAAAACUUGCGUGAUCGAGACCUGCAUUGCAUUUUCUUACAAGUCAUCCUUGGACUAGCUUAUCUGCAUGAACAAAAAAUUGUACAUGGCGAUAUAAAGCCGCAAAAUCUUCUUGUUGGAGACAGAGAUAUCGUCAAGAUUGCAGACUUUGGGAUCUCCCAAUCACUUUACGGAAGUAAACAGAAGAUCAUGGAUGUAGCGGGUACUCCUGCGUUUAUGGCGCCAGAAAUGUGCUCUGGGAAAGAGUAUUCAGGUCAACUUGCUGAUGUCUGGGCACUUGGAGCAACAGUAUUUAUGCUUAAGUUUGGAAAUCCACCUUUUGUUGCAAAGAGUGCAAUGGUUAUGUUUGAACGAAUACAGAAUGAUCCGUUAGUAUUUCCAGGAGCCAUUGAUCCGUUGCUUGCACAUUUACUGAAAGGCAUGCUUACAAAAUCCCCACUUGAACGUAUGACAUUGCUCGACGUCAUGAUCCAUCCGUGGGUCACGAAGAAUGAAAAGCACAGCUUAGCGCUCGAUGCAAUCUACCAUCCCUCGCGUCCGAUUACUGUGUCGACAGACGAGAUCGAGCGCGCAGUAGGCGCGGAUCACAUUGCGAUCGUUUUGAACAUUCACAAGCAGAUGUAUCAACGGCUGGAACACGCUCGCGAGAAUCUGUCAGAGAAGAAAAAGUUAAAGACAACAGACUGGAACGUUGGCCAAUCUCCAAAGGCAGUGAAUGCAAAGAAUGCAGCAAGAACGAAUCGAGUUUUCAUCGCAUCAUCUGAGAUGGUUGCGGGUGUCGUCGAAAGCUCAAUAGCAGGAGAACGAAAAGUUCUUUCAAGUGAAGAGAUUGACUACAGGUCACAGAUGUUUUCUCGAAAGAAAGCGAGCAACAAGAAUGCAUUGGAACCUAUUCAUAAAGGUGGCAAUUACAAUUGUGCAGUGGCUCUUUCUCACCAUUUGAUAAACAGCGGAAAUGAUGGUGUUGACGACGACGGCGUGUCUGAUGACGACGAGCUCGCUGUAUCGCAGUCACCCCAAUUGUUAGACGAGCUGUUGCUUACGACGCUGUCAAUGCCGCCUUUGGCAAGCGACACAUCGCCACUUCUUGUUAACAAGAAUGAUUCGAGUAAUAAAGGUGCGAUUUCUACUGCGACUGUCACGCAAGAUCCUCCACUGAACGUUUACGAAUGCCGAGAUGACCCGCAUUUUUACGGUGAAAGCUCUGCACUUGCUCUGAGUUAUGGUGUCUCGUCGCUGAAGGGUCGACGAAACACACAAGAGGAUCGUUGGGUAGUCAUUCCUUCGAUCGCCACAGUUUUUGCCUGUCGCGACGGUGAAAUUUCUCAAUGGGCAAAGGAAGCUGCCUAUGUUGGGCUUUACGACGGUCAUGGUGGGGAGGAAUGUGCAAAUAUUUUGCAUGAGCAACUCCAUACUUGGAUAUUUAAAGCACAAGACGUGCCUUUGUUAAGUGUCAAAGAUUUACAAGACUGUUUUGAAUCGCUUGAUGUAUCCGUAUGCGAUUACUUGGUUCAUAAAGAUGACCUUAGUGGCUCGACAGCGACUGCACUUGUACUACGUCCGGCAGCGAAUGGAAAUAUUCAUUUAACAAUUGCUCAUGUAGGAGACUGCCGUCUUGUGCUAGGCAAAUGUGAUGGUAGUGUAGUUGAGCUUACGCUAGACCAUCGGCUGACAGUGGAUGUCGAGCGCGAACGAAUUCUUAAGUUGGGAGGACAUGUCGUGAACAAUCGGGUAAAUGGUGUCAUGGCUAUCACACGUGCAUUUGGCGAUCUUGAAUUCAAAGGAUUGCUUGAUGCAACCAGAGGAGCCAGCAGAUCUCGUCAUUCAUUCGGUGACGCCGGUAUCGAAAAGGUACCAUCACUGCUGACGGCAAAGCCUGAUGUCAUCAAUCUGGAUUUGAACCGACAGGAAGACGAGUUUCUUCUUUUAGCUUGUGAUGGACUCUGGGAUGUCAUGACUAGCGAAGAAGCUAUAUCGAUUUUUCGUGAUCGACUACGACUUCAUAAAGAUCUACAAUUAGCCGCUCAUGAGUUGGCUCAAGAGGGGAUCCGACGAUACUCGAACGACAACGUCACGGUAAUCGCGAUUUCAUUAAAGUCACCAGUGUCAUUGUUUUAA